UAGGCCACUACAACUCAUGUAGUGUUAAGUCUGUGAAAUGCAUGUCAUGCUGCUCUCUUGCUGUGUCCUGGUCUUGCUUAUGCCCGGUCCAUGUUUUACGGCGCCCACAUUUAUGCCAGAGGCAUUGAGCUCUCCUUCCACUGAGCCACAGGUUGACUUGAAGCUGGCCACUGGAUACCUUCAGCAGUACUACAACCUACAAAUCGAGCCUAUGGGGCGAAUGAAGCGGAGCGGGCCAUCCUUCACCUCUAAGAUGAAAGACAUGCAGAUAUUCUUUGGGCUCAAUGUAACAGGUACACUGGACUCAGACACCCUGGAGGUGAUGAGCAGCCCUCGGUGUGGCGUACCAGAUGUGGAGGAGUACAGCGACAUCCAGGGGACGCGAUGGAAUAAGAAUGUUAUCACCUACAGCAUUGGCCGGUACACCAGAGAUUUGCCUCGCACCACUGUGGACUCUCUGGUUGAGUCAGCUUUCAAUGUUUGGGCCAGAGCAAGCAGUCUGACGUUUGUCAGGUCCCACACACGCAGUGCUGACAUCAUGGUGGAGUUUGUGACCAAUGCACAUGGUGACUUGUAUCCAUUUGACGGACCCAGAGGCACACUUGCUCAUGCUUUUGGUCCAGGGUUGGGCGUUGGAGGGGACACGCACUUUGAUGACGAUGAGCACUGGACAGCAGGAGAAACAGGUUUUAAUCUGUUUGUUGUAGCUGCACAUGAAUUCGGCCAUGCUCUGGGUCUGAAGCACUCCAGAAACCCAGAGUCACUGAUGUAUCCCACCUACAAAUCCUCUCGUCCAGCCAACCUAUUAUCCAGAGAGGAUGUAGCAAAUAUCAACACACUUUACAGUCCACUCAGAGGUCGCCCAAAUUACUUUUCGAGGUACGGCUGGAACUCUCAGUCUAACCACUGGGUGUCAGGAUCAAUGUUCCCACGACUCCUGCAGAAUAAAUGUGAUCCAGACCUGACCUUUGACGCAGUGUCCACUCUUGGGGAUGCCACCUUCUUUUUCAGAGAAAGAUAUCUCUGGAUUAAACAUAAUGAGCAAUAUGACAUCAAAGAAGGUCCCAUUACCAACUUUAUGCCCAAAAUUGAAACCAACAUCGAUGCUGCCUUCUGGGUGCCUCGCAGAUCCACUGCUUAUAUCAUUCAUGAAUCCAUGUUCUGGACAGUGAAAGGCUCUCGUGUGAAAGGAAAGCCACGAGCACUCACUCACUUUGGGUUUCCAGCCUGGGUCCAGGAUGUUGAUGCAGCAGUGCACAUAGUGAAAACAGGACGCACCCUCUUUUUUAUGCAUGAUAUUUACUGGAGUUACAAUGAAAACCGACGGGUUAUGGAUUUCGGUUACCCAAAGUACAUCAGCGAGGACUUUCCCGGAGUCAACACAACAAUAAACGCAGCUCUACAUAAAGAGGGUUUCAUCUACUUCUUUGUUGGACCACAAGUCUACAAAUACGACUACACGCAGAAACAUGUUGUCGGAGUUGAGAAAGCAAAUUCCUGGCUUGGAUGUUGAAAUACUGUAAAUCCAUGAACAUGCAGCAAAUUACCUAAAAACCUUAAGCAUCAAGAAGAAAA